AAUUAUCGCAUCAAUAAAUCUAACAUAAAUACAAUAAAUAAUCUUCAAAACAUAAAAAUAUUGGUCAAUUAAAAAUAUAGGGGAAGCGGACAUCGGGUCCAUAUUAAUGCCACAAGAGGGGUGGGGGUAAGCCAAAGCCUGCUUUGAUUGCCGAUCGUAAGAACAAGGGACGGCAAGAAAAAAGAGCAUCGUAAAAUGUAAAAGAUGGCGGCACAAUGAUUAUCGUUGUUGCGAAUUUGCAAAUUUUUUGUUUAUAAACAAACUCGGAUUGCGGCGUUCAGUGAGAAGGCACUUUGUUUACGGUAAAAAGUGUGCUAGAGUGUUUUACGGUCGUUAUUUCGCGUGGAAUGGCGCCUAAAAUGUGGAUCCAGCUUACCUUAGGUCCCAGUUAGCCUUGCGAGAGGUGGAAAAACAAUUGAACGAGAUAAACAAGUGCGUGAUUUAAGGACUUUUUUCAAAGCCUACUUGGAUGUCAAGAUGCAUUUUUCACCUUUCAUGAAAUGAUGUUACAUAAAUUCGAGGCAAACAACGAAAAAAUGGCUUUGUUCGAGUUUGGUUAAGUGCGGGAAAUAGUGAUAAGUUGAUUAUAGACAAUGAGAACAGUUAAUUUAAGGUAGUACCACAUUCCAGGUGUAAAUAUUCAAACUAAAACAUGUACUUAAAACCAGUGAUAUAAACCACUCAACAGCAUAAGUGUAAAAAAAGAUGUCUCAGACCCCCAACAAACAGCUGCAAAAAAUGUGCAAGUCACCGAAAAGUAGCAGCACCUUUCAGAUCAAGCAGGAGAAGAUUGACUAUGAAAAUAUGAGCACCAACUGUACAGUGGUGGGCUCGAACAAUCUCAACUUGGUGAAGAAACCGCAAUUGAUGGCGAACAUGUCGCCGGCUUAUUCGAAUCCAAGUCCGAAUUAUCAUCCUCAAUCGCCGUAUUCGUCUCCUGCUAGCCUAAAGUCUCCUAGUCCUAGUUUGAAGCCGCCGACGCCCCAGCCUAACUUUCCUGUGAUGCAAAUUAUACAUAAUAAUUUGAUUUCAAGGCCGAUUCAGACUUCCCAGGCGCAGAAUAUUAUCAAGUUGAAGCCUCACUUGAAUAUAUUGCCCAAGCCUAGUGCUAGUCCGCAGCCUUCGCCUAAACCCAGUGUUAGUCCUCAAAUUGUGAUACCGGCUGCAAACCAAACGACGGCAACAGCGACAGCCACUCUAAUGCAAACCCCUCAGCCGCUGUUGCUCAAUCAGAUGCCGAUGUUGGCAGCCCCGGGCGUACAGUUUAUUUUGAGGCCCCAAACUGCUACGCCCAUGGCGACAGCCGCUCCCAAACUUCAGGCAACAUCUCAAUCCCCACAAGGCUUGAUACUACAGCCCGCGUGUGGAACGCAGCAGUUGCUACAGUUGGGUGGACCUGCGCGGUCCCAACCCAUGGUGAGGGUGUUGACCAAUGGGAUGCAGUUCGCUCCCGCCACCUCUACCACUUAUGUUACCACACAGAUGGCAAAUCAGCCGAUUAACGCGACGCAUAUUCAGCAAACGAUCGUGAAUAGUCAGCAACAGGCGCAGCAACAGCAACACAUUCAAAUUCAGCAGCAAUUGCUGAAGAAGAAGCCAAAAGUGAAGGUGAAGAAGAGAUUGGACCUGGCCAAUAUUAUGAAGUUGUCUGGUAUCGGGGACGAGGAUGACAUUCAGUUUGAGAGCGACACCUCUCAGAGCGAGAGCGAGCACAACUCGGUGCCUACUACGCCACAACCUGUUCCCCAAAACCCUCAACAAGUGCCCCCCGCCUCCCCAUCGCCCUUCGAUCCUAAGAAAAAUAUUCAGAAUAUCCAGAUUAGUGCUGCAGUGCCACAACCUACAAUUAAUCCAGCGACGCCGGUAGUACAGGUGCUAAACCAAAACUUCCAAGGAAGUAUGAUCUCAAACAACCCUCCGCCUACGGCGCAGGCGUCACCAUUUAAUUCUACCUUUAUCACUCCUAAUUUUACCAUAAAUAACGGUCUGAUGUUGCAGAGGAGCGGGGGGUUUAAAUUAACUGUCGGCGACGAUGGACGUUUGAUGUUGCAGCAUGAUCCAACCUUGAAUCAGGACAUUCAAAGUCAGUUGAUACUUCAAAGUCUGUUGGGUCUUAACGGUCUAGUACUACAGCCUUCAAUGGACCAACAAACAGUCCAACAAACGGUUCAAACAAUACAGCAACAGUCUGUACAAACGAUACAGCAGCAAACGGUUCAAAGUCAAACGAUACAGACCGUACAACAGCAAACUGUGCAGCCUCAAGUACAGCACACUUUACAGUCCUUACAGCCUCAAAUACAACAACAAACGGUACAGCAAACAAUUCAACAUCAGACUGUAAACGCGCUUCAACAGCCGAUGCAAAUAGUGCAGCCCCAACCUAUACACAGUUUACAUUCACAGGUACAACCAACCGUUCACAGUAUAUCGCAGUCUCAAGUACAUAACCUGCAGUCCCAAAUUCAAAGUUUGUUGGCGCAGCAGAACGUUGUCCAGGCACAGGCGGUACAUCAAAAUGUGCCACAUAGCGUUCACUCGCAGGCUAUGCAAAGCGUUCAAAACCUAGCCCAAAGCUCUGUGAUGGCGCAGAACGUACAAAACCUGGCUCAGUCUUCGGUUCAAAACGUCGUCGCUCAGAACCUUGCACAGAGCGCCGUUCUGUCUCAAAAUGUGAGCCAAAACGCUUCGGUACAGAACGUGGUGGCUCAAAACCUGGCGCAGAACAUGACGGCCGCUCAGAGUUCGGUGCUUUCCCAAAACAUGAGCCAAAACGCUUCAGUACAAAAUGUCUUGUCUCAAAAUAUGAGUCAGAACGCAUCGGUGCAAAACGUCCUGUCGCAGAAUAUGAGUCAGAGCGCUUCUGUACAGAACGUGGUCGCCCAGAAUAUGCAGAAUAUACAGAGUGUUCAGCCAACGCAAACGCAGAACGUGCCUCAGUCUUCGGUGCAUACCGUGCAAGGGUUUCAACAGGCUCAUACUCAAACUAGUCAACCUAUUUUAAAGGUACAACCAUUUCAGAAAUCUCAACCGCCUGUACAAACAGUACAACCAAUACAGAAUCUAUCGCAUCAACAUCAGCAUCAGAAUAUGCAAGAGCAACAAAACCAGCAAAGCGGAAAUAACAAUCCCACUUCUUACGUUGUCAAUUUAACGCCGGAUCAGUUGGAGCAGUUAAAGAGAAAUGGCCAAGUAACUGUAAAUGGUCAAACCAUCUUCAUGCAGAGACCGAACAAAGAUCAAAACGAGAAGAAAUUGAGCCCAAAAAUGAAACCUGUGAAGAAAGUAAGUGAGGUGCACAAAAUCCAAGCAGCUCCGUUUAAACCUCUACCACAAGAUCACCAAAACAACGCACAAAGCGAUAACGCAACGAUGAUUGACCGGAAACCGAACUUGACAACGUUGGAUCAUAACGUAAAGUCUCCGUCGCCCGUUGCGCAUACGACUAAACCUAUGAGCAGCCCCGUACAACCGGUACCACAGCAACAGCCACAACAACAGCAACCUCCUCAAAAACAGUUGCAUACGGUGUUGCCACACAGUCACGUACCGCCCAUACAGCCUACGAAGCAGCAACAGCCACAGGCGAUGGUCCAGCCUAGUAUUCAACAUCAUCAGGCUAAAAUGGAACGGCAAAAACCGCAAAUAACGCCAAAACAACAAAAAGUCAGUCCUACAAUCCAUUCGCUCCAGCAAGAAUCGGGAAAUUCGGGUAAUGGUUCCAGCAACAGCCACGAAGUCGAUAAGCUUUUAGGCCAAAUAUUAGAGGAAACUAACAAUCCGGACCUCCUUCAUUAUCGAAAUAAUAACACACCAAAUAACAAUAAUAAUACUAAUGGAGGUGAACGUCAGCAACAGAGAAUAACAACAAUUCAACUAACUCCACAAAAACAGCAGCAUUUAAAAAAUAUCCAAAUGCAAAUUCAGUCUCUAUCGGCGAGAUUGCAGAGCGGAGACACGGAGGUUCAUAACACGUUGAAAGUCUUGUUUGCGGAACAACAAAAAAUUUUGGCUACUGGGAAACUUUUGCCUCCAGAUAAGGUUUACUACUUGAAUAAUCAACUAACCAUUGUGAAUCCGUCCAGUUUGAACUUACCAUCGCCGGCCAGUUCUAUAAAAAGCGAACCUCCUAGUCCGGGCCUGCAAGUACAAGUGUCGGUACCUAGAAGUACAAGCUCUGAUACUACUAGUACCGUUAACCAUCAACCAAUCACCACCGUCUCGCAACUGCACCAGCCCACCGCUCCUCGCGUUUCCGUAUCGGUAUCGACGUCAACGGGGGAUCUCCCUUUAAUCUCGCCCGCUACUCUGCCAUCUACCAUUCAUCACCACCCUACUACCAUAGUUACGUCACAACAGAACCAACAUCAUCCAGCGAUAAUGACGACGAGUCACGUGGCCAACGCACAAGCAACCGCGCAGGCGAUACACAACCAUCAAAAUCACGUGAUCGGCCAGCGGUUAGGCAUCAUGGGACAGGUGCCCCAACUACCUCCUUUGUACCCGAAACCGCAUCCCACCAUACAACAUUCACCCAAACUCCACUCUCCUCAGUUACACUCGCCCAAGUUACAUUCGCCAAAACUCCACUCUCCACAGUUACCUUCUCCGCAACCGGGUCAGCUACAGUCGGCUGCUACCAAUCCGACGCAACCGCUCAACCACGUCCAGACGGUACCUCAAGCGAUCAAACCGAAAAUUCAACAAGCCUCGGGAAAUAAGGCGACGUUGCAGAGUCAGCAACAACCCACGCCGAGCCAACAGUUGUUCCAACAACAUUAUCAGCAACAGCAACUUUUGCUCAGUCAGCAGCAGCAGAAGGAGGCCCAGCGACUGCAAUUGGUGGCUCAGCAGCAGAAACAGCAACAGGAGCAGCAGAUGUCGUUGGCGAAAAAGGCGCAUUUAAUCGAAUCUCAAUAUCAACUGGACCAACAAGGCGCGUCGAAACCGGACUUACAAAAACCGUUCAGGGACAAAAGAGAAGCAUGCAUCAGACUUAUCCGUUACCAUUGCUACGAUCAGCCAGUCCUAUCGGAACAAGAUCUCAGUAAAGCUGAUGAAAUUUUCGAAGUUACCGCCAAACAUUUUAUAGCCAAAUUUGACCGGAUGAAUGAUAAAUAUAAGUAUUUAUUGAUGAAGGAGAGUAUGCGCCAAGUGCAAACAUCGGAAUUGAUGAUGUUGGAUCGGAUGUUUUUGGCUGAUGAGCAACAGUCGUUGAUCAGGUUGAGGCAGGACUACGAGACUGAGUUGCACAACUUAACUACGCCAACUCAGGCAUCGGAAACGCUCCCCGGACGAGGCCAUUACGAUUCCGAACAGGAUAAAAGACACGGCAUGCAGAAUGGACCUAUGAACCGGGAACCAGGCGAUCCGCCUACUAAUAGCGAAGAAUACGACGAGUGGGCGUGCAUCCAGCGGGAACUGGGCUGUCUCCCACCGGAUCACAAGGAUCCCAACAACCACCACAAUAACCAUCAUCACCAUAACCACCACCAUCAUCAUUCAUCGACCCCGAUUCACCAUCAUCACCUUCACAACCACUUGAAACGCACCUCGAGUAGCGACUCGCGACUGGAAACGUUAAAACGGUUUCGCGUCGACAAGAAAAAACAUGACGCGAUGGGCGUGGUUUCAGUGAGUCCGGGUCAAUCAAAGUGCGGUUAUGAGAGUGCCACGUCAUCGCAGGCGAAUAGCAGCAAAGAGGAGGAGUCGGAUUGCACCAAUAACAGUAUCGAUGAGCAGGUGCAGAGCGCCAUCAAUAGCAUUUUGAAUUUGCAACAGCAACAACAGCAGAGUUUGGAUUUGGACGGGCUGCUGUCAUGACGGCGAGUUGUAUAGGUGAUUUUUUUUUCAAUUGUUUAUUUAUUUUACGGUAGAACUACUUUUAUUGUUUUGUGGUGACUAUAAUGUUUGGCGGCCAGCGAGUUCAGUUUUUAUAAGAAUGGCACUUGGAUUAAGAAAUACAAUGUCUCGUUUUUAAUAUGGGAUAUCGGUAGAUUCGAGAGUUUAUGUUAAAAGGAAUUUGGUUUUUAUAAAAUGGUGUUUUUACGAUUUUCUGCGAUUAAUAAAAUAAGGAAGCCCACGACUUGUAACAGAGAUAUGAGAAUAAGUUUUUAUUUUAAAUCUCUAUAAUCUGCAUGUUUUGGCUAAGGUAAAUUCUUACCUUUUUUAACAAUGGAAGUGACAAAUGUUUAAAGUUUUUUGAAUUUUUUUUAAUAGGGUGAUGUAAUAGUGUAUUUUCACUAUUGUUUUAGACAAAAAGAUAUCUUCGGGGAUAGUUAAGAUUUAACUUGAAGUGUCAGACAUUUCUAUUUAUGCUUUUUUAAUUUGGAAUGUCAGACCAAUGAAGUGAUGUUUUAUGAAAAUUAUUCACUAUACUUAUAUAUACAUUAAAAAGGAUUUUUUCUAAGGAAAAUUAUGUUGAAGUUGAGUUAAUUAAUUUAAAGAUUUACAGAUAUACACAUAUCUACAAUGUUAUAGCAAACACAAAGAUGAUAGUAUGAUGAUAGAUAAUUUCCUUUUUAUAUCUAUUCACAAUGUUUGAUAUACUAACCAAAGAAAAUUAUACAUGUUCAGUUCAGUUUGUGGUUGACGAGCACUAUUUUUUUAUAUACUUUGUCCUUAGUGCGGGCCUGUGCUGUGCGUGAAGCAAGAAACAAAAUAUCGGUUCCCGCCCGCCCUGUUUUUAGCACUUGCUUCUUGACUUUAGAAUCGCCCGUAACUCUAUGUCGGGGCUUUUUGUAAUUUGUCGUUUUUAAGUUGUUCAUGACAAUUAAAUUAUUAAAGUUACCAGUAUUUCAUUCUAUACAGUCCACUCACACGGAAACAUGGUCCUUUCGAACGGGAUAAUAAACAAUUUUGAACAAUAAGUCAUGAAGUAAAUAUUCCUAAUUUCUACAAGUAAAAUUCGGUAGCCAUAUUAGGCACGACGCAAAUAAAGUAAAGCAGUAGUUCAGUCAAUUAUCGCAUCAGUGAAUCGAGGUUUUCGCGGCGGCUUGAGCUGGACAAUUGUAUCGUCGCGAGUGUUGAUGGAUGCAGAGACCUUGAAGCGGUGAUGUAUUACAUUUGCAUGGUUUAUUUGAAGCGAAUAUUAUUUUAAUCCCGUUACCCAUAUUCAUUGAUUUUUCCGAUAUUAAAUGCACUGUCUUGGUUGGGUGGUGCGUUUGGGAGUCAUAAUUUAAUAGCAGAUGUUUAAUUUUAAUCCAGAUAUUUAUUGAUUUUUGGUACCUAGUACUUAUUCAGUUACUCAGUUAUUAUUGGCCUAGUCCACAUUCAGGAAUAAAAAAUAAAUAUCUAGUUAAAAUACAGGUUUAAGUAGGUAUAUAAUAGCACGGUUUAUACCCAUAGCAUUACGUUAUUCAUUGUAGGCAUAGACGUUUGUUGUUAAGAAGUAAAGUCAUAUUCAGAUGCGUACUUAGUAAAAUUUUAUAUAAUAAAAAAAAAAUAAAAAGGAAAUCAUUAUAUAAAAUGACUGAUUCAGGGGAUAAUAGUGAAGUAAAACAUUUAAUUAAAAAGCGAGGUACCCUCAAAACUAAAUUAACCCUUUUUGAAAAGUUUGUUGAUGCAUUUGAGAUCUUACAUUUAAAUAGAUCUACCACACCAGUGGAGCAUUGUAAAAUUCUAGAACUUGAAAAUCGAAUUAAUGACAUUGAAACGUUAAUUAAUAGUUUUGAGGAACUCCAAAAUGACAUUGAUUGUCUUGUUGAUGAACAGGCAGCACAAUUAGUCGAGAGGGAAGAAUUUUCGAAUAGGUAUUUUACAACUAUUUCACGGGCAAAGGCGUUUCAAGCUGAAUACGAUUCAAAUAAUGCGGAUCCAAGUGGAUCAAGCUCUGUCAGAUCGGGUUCCGUUAUCGGCCGCAUAAAUACAGUUUCAGAAGGCGUUAAGUUGCCAGAAAUUAAAUUGCCAAAGUUUGACGGUACCUAUGAGACAUGGAUGGAGUUUAGGGACAUGUUCGAAUCGUUAAUUCAUUCCAAUAUAAAUAUUAGUAAUAUUCAGAAAUUGCAUUAUUUGCGGGCAUCCUUAACUGGAUCUGCACCUGUCGUUAUACAAGCGUUGGAUUUUAGCGCUAAUAGUUAUGACAUGGCUUGGAACACAUUGUGUGAAAGAUUCAAUAAUAAAAAUUUAUUGAUACAGAAUCAUUUAAAAGCAAUAUUUAACAUGGAAAGCAUUGUCAUGGUUACUGCUGCUAGGGUUCGUUACAUAUAUGAAAAUUUGUACAAGCAUUUAAAUAGUCUUAAGCAACUAGGUGAACCUAUUGAAUCUUGGGACACGUUACUUAUUUACAUUGUUUCGAGUAAGCUCGAUAAAAGUACGGCCCAAGAAUGGGAAAAAUACAAGUCAAAUUGCGAUGCGAUUAAUUUAAAUUACUUUAAAGAAUUUCUGAAAAGGCGCGCUAAUCUGCUAGAAACCAUUGAAACCACAGAGCAAAAUAAGCGAGUCAACGAAAAACAUAGCAAUAUUCGAGAAAAUUCCAACAAUACAGGUAAUUACUCAAAAGGCAAAACAUACAAUUAUUCCCGAGGAUUAACCAGCGCGAAUAAACCCUCUGAUUCAAACAAAACAAAAUUUGCGUGCUAUAAUUGCAAAAGGGAUCAUAGUCUUUUUUACUGCCCAGACUUCUUAAAACUAGGGACUUUUGAUCGCGUAAACAAAAUCAAGGAAUUAAGUCUUUGUUUAAAUUGCUUGAAGCGCAACCAUCUGACAAGGGAUUGCAAUUGGUCUGGUUGUAAGAUCUGCGGAGCAAAACACAAUACAAUUUUACAUGAUCAUGGUAGGGACGAUAGGGAAAAGGCUGGAACAAUGUCGCAUUUGUGUAAAGAAAGCGGCAUAAGCGAAAAUGAAACCUCAGAAAUUACCAAUGCAAGUUUUACUAAUUGCGGUAUAGCAACAACUCAGCAAGCAGUAUUAUCCACAGCCAAGGUGAAAGCAUUUGGUAAAGACAAGAGUUUUGUAGUAGUUAGAGCAUUGUUGGAUUGCGGUUCGCAGUCAAGUUUCAUCACAACAAAUUUAUGCGAAAAACUAAAAUUAGAAAAAACAAGCACGAAUUUGGCGGUUUCUGGUAUAGGCGAAAAAAUUUCAUACGUUAAAUAUAGGUGCGACCUAAAAAUUCAAUCAGUAAAUAGUGAUCUUACGUUCAAUAUGUCAUGUUUUGUUUUGGAUAAAAUAACUUCAGACUUACCUGAGACACCUAUUGACAUGCAAAAAAUACAGAUUCCUUUAAACAUUGAGCUCGCUGACUCGGAUUUUUAUUCCCCUUCGCCUAUCGACAUUUUGUUAGGGGCAGACAUUUUUUGGCAGAUUUUAAGUGUGGGCCAGAUUAAUAUUGGUUAUCCUAGCCCUGUUUUACAAAACACCCACCUUGGCUGGGUGGUUGCUGGCGGAUUUCAACCAUCAAAUAAUGCAAAAAUUCGUUGUAACUUUUCUAAAAAUGUUGACAUUCAGGAACAACUUUCCAAGUUUUGGGAAGUUGAAGAGAUCGAAAUAAAAAAAAUAUUUUCGGCUGAAGAGCAAGCAUGUGAGGACAAUUUUGUCACCAAUGUAUAUACGAAUAAUGAUGGUAGAUACGUUGUAUCAUUACCUCUUAAAAAACCAUCUGAAGCGUUAGGUAAUUCUCGCGACUUAGCUUUCAAACGUUUUUUGUCAUUGGAGCGCAAGCUUAUGACUAAUGAUCGAUUAAGAAAAUUAUACAUAGAUUUUCUAAAAAUUUAUGAGCAAUUAGGACAUAUGUCUCAAGUAAAAUUCGAAGACGACAAAAAUAUCGGUUAUUUUAUGCCUCAUCAUGGUGUAUUAAAAAAUUCGAGUGAUACUACCAAAUUACGUGUUGUUUUUAACGCGUCUAGUCCAAGCACCACAGGACUAUCUUUAAAUGACAUUCAGAUGGCUGGUCCAACUAUCCAACAGGAUUUAUUAUCCAUUAUUUUACGGUUUCGUACACGAAAUAUUGUCCUAUCAAGUGAUAUAAAGAUGAUGUACCGCCAGAUACUAAUCAAUCCCGAGCAACGUCAUUUACAGAAAAUAUUUUGGCGUUCCGAUCCCAAUGAGGAUGUUAAAAUAUUUGAAUUAAAUACGGUUACCUAUGGUACUACUGCCGCUAGUUUUUUAGCCAUACGUUGCCUUUUUGAGGUUGCAAAUGAAUGCGAACGCGAUUUCCCCUUAAUUGCUAAUAUAAUUCGUAAUGAUAUGUACGUUGAUGAUUUAUUGACAACUGUAGAUAAUAGAGACGAGGCUGAGUAUAUAUCUAAUAAUAUUAAUAGAAUUUUACUUAAGCAUGGAUUUGAAUUAAGAAAGUGGAAUUCAAAUGAUCAGUAUGUUAUCCGUAACUUAGAAUCCGAAAAUAGGUUGGUAGAGUUUUAUUCCAAUAAGGCGCAGGAAAAUUCAGUUUUAGGCUUAACUUGGAACAGCUCACUUGAUAUUUUAAAAUAUAAUAUUAAUCAACCCAGCCUUUCGAAAAAACUAAUAACCAAGCGUGUUAUUCUUUCCAGUAUCGCUACUACCUUCGAUCCCUUAGGUCUGGUCAGCCCUUGUAUUAUUAUAGCCAAGGUGCUUUUACAGAAAUUAUGGUGUGAAAAUUUAGGCUGGGAUCAACCGGUUCCUGAUCAUAUAAGUAAUUCUUGGUUAGAAUGGUACUCGAAUCUUGAAGCCAUAAAUAGUUUAAAUAUCGAACGGAAGGUUGUUUGUGAAAAUCCAGUUAAAAUCAGUUUACACGGUUUUGCUGAUGCUUGUCAGACUAGUUACGGUGCGUGCGUAUACGUUAUAUCUGAAAAUAAUUUAGGAGAGCGUUUUUCUAAUUUACUAUGCGCCAAAUCAAAGGUAGCUCCAGUUAAACAUCUAACAAUGCCACGGUUAGAGCUAUGUGCGGCACUAACACUGGCUCAGUUAUUAGAAAAGGUGUUAAAAUCAUUAAAUAUUAAAAUUGACCAAACAUUUUGUUGGUCUGACUCCACUAUAGUGAUGGGAUGGUUGCGCGCAUCCCCACAUUUAUUAAAACCGUUUGUAGCCAAUCGCGUGGCGGAAAUUCAGAAGUUAACGGCUAACUUUGAGUGGAGACAUGUACCAUCUUUGGAUAAUGCAGCCGACAUAGUUUCGAGAGGAUUACCUCCUCAACAGCUGUGUUCUUCUCGUAUGUGGUUUCAUGGCCCCGAUUGGCUAGACAAAGAUAUUAUUCAUUGGCCUAAUAAACAGACCUCAGUAAUCGAUUUACCAGAAAUUCGUACUACAUUAACUUCCUCAGUAAGCAAAAUAGAGUCCUACUCAUUCGAGCGUUUUUCUGAUUUUUUAAAAUUAAAAAGGACUUUUGCUUGGGAUCUAAGAUUUUUAAAAAAUUGUAAAAAUAAGCCCGAAAACCGAAUAUUACUUCCGUACUUGACAUUGGAUGAACUUGAAAAUAGUCUUUACUUUAUAAUUAGGAUAGCUCAAAGGGAGUCCUUUCCGGAGGAAUAUCUUACUCUCACCAAAGGUAACGAUUUGCCUUCUAAUAGCCGUGUUUUAAGCUUGCACCCAUUCAUUGAUAAGAACGGUUUAAUAAGGGUAGGCGGCAGAUUAUCCAAUUCAGACUUUUCAUACUCAAAAAAGCAUCCUUUGUUACUUUGCACUAAACAUUAUAUUACUAAAUUAAUUUUUGAAAGCACCCAUAAAAGAUUAUUUCAUGCAGGGCCUCAGUACUUACUGUCUUCAAUAAGAAACACCUUUUGGCCCAUAUCAGGUCGUAGUUAUGCGCGAAAAAUUGUAAAAGAAUGCGUAACGUGUGCCAGAUUUAGCGGUGCCAAAAUUCAGCCGCUUAUGGGUGAUUUACCAGCGGUAAGAGUUCGGCCUUCAGGCCCAUUUAGCGUUAUAGGAGUUGACUAUGCCGGACCUUUCUGGAUGAAAGAUAGGCGAGGUCGCGGUUGCAGACCAAUUAAAUGUUGGGUAGCCCUUUUUAUUUGCUUCACGACCCGGGCUAUACACUUAGAAAUUGUCUUGUCUCUUAGUACCGAUGACUUUAUGCAAUCCUUUUAUCGUUUUAUAAGCCGUCGUGGUAAGCCGGCCCAGGUAUUCUCCGAUAACGGAACCAACUUUGUCAGAGCUAAUCGCGAAAUGUUAGAAUUGAGUGUUUUUUUUAAGACUCAUAGCCUGGAUAUCAUCGAAAAGGCUUCCCAUUUAGAUAUUGAUUGGCAUUUCAUCCCAGCCAAUUCGCCACACUUUGGGGGUAUUUGGGAAGCGGGGGUAAAGAGCUUAAAAUAUCAUGUUAAGCGUACAAUAGGCGAGCAUAAGUUGUUUUUUUAUGAUUUUCAAACGUUACUUAUUAGGAUCGAGGCAGUGCUCAAUUCUAGACCCCUUACUCCAUUAACCACUGAUCCCGACGAUUUAACCUGUCUCUCUCCCUCCCACUUUUUAAUUGGAAGACCAAUGGAAACCAUACCCGAAUUACCAAUCAGCGACAUUAAAGAAAACAGACUCAGUCAAUAUCAACUUCUGCAAAAAUUGUACGAGCACUUUUGGAGCAGAUGGAGUCGCGAAUACAUCCAUGAGUUGCAGCAAAGGCACAAAUGGAAAAGGUCAUCAGGAAACGUUGACAUUGGACAGCUGGUCUUAAUAAGGGAUGAAAAUCUACCGCCUACCAGAUGGCGCUUGGGACGAGUUCUUAAGUUAAUACCAGGCAAGGAUGGUAUUAACCGUGUUGCUUUUGUGAAGACGGCAGACAGUGAACUUUCUCGUGCGGUAACUAGACUUUGCCCACUUCCCAUUGAAAGUUAACCCAGGACUUUCAAGGCCGGGGGCAUGUUCAGUUCAGUUUGUGGUUGACGAGCACUAUUUUUUUAUAUACUUUGUCCUUAGUGCGGGCCUGUGCUGUGCGUGAAGCAAGAAACAAAAUAUCGGUUCCCGCCCGCCCUGUUUUUAGCACUUGCUUCUUGACUUUAGAAUCGCCCGUAACUCUAUGUCGGGGCUUUUUGUAAUUUGUCGUUUUUAAGUUGUUCAUGACAAUUAAAUUAUUAAAGUUACCAGUAUUUCAUUCUAUACAGUCCACUCACACGGAAACAAUACAAGAUUAAAAAACAUUACAAUUAGUUUACGAAAACAUCGUUUUUCUCGCUACCCUGUCAUUUUAAAUUAUAUAAAGUAAGCAAAUUAAAACAAAUCUAAUUUAGUUACUCCAUGUUUCUUUCACUUUUUCAAUUUUCUAUAUAAUAACAUUUAGUUUUUCCAUCAAAUAACCUAACAAACUAAUAAGCAUGCUUCAGGUCACUAUUAUGUUGAAAUAUUGAAACAGCAUCAUUUGGAUACGCAAAUGAAGACGAUUUUCUUCUAAUCAUCGAUAGUCAAAUUAAUGAAAGCAGGAAUCCGCAAAAUUAACACGUUAACCGCCAUGAGCCUCAUUAAAUGCAUACUCCAGACCUAGAGGUACAAUUAUAUAUUUACUUUAAGUAUGUUCAAGAAACCGUACAAACAGAAUAAAAACCCUAAGGACUAAGAAAAUAGGCACAUAGAGGUACGAGGGCGGGUCAAUUAUGUGUUACCGUGACUUUUUAGAUGAAAGGCGGGUUUUUAUAUAAAAGUUAUUUUAUUUUUCAACAUAGUCUCCUUUGAGUUCUAUACACUUAGUCCAACGUUUCUACAAUUUUUUUAUCCCUUCGGUCGCCAUGACUUUAUUGGCUGACAAAUCCACCUUUGCCUUCUUGGGCGCCGAUUCACCCCGAGAAAUCCACUGUUUUGACUGCUGUUUGGUCUUCGGCGUGUUGUGGCGCAGCUUGUUCAAAUUUUGACAGGCGUCAACUGACAGUUCUCUGUUGACAGGAGCAGAGUAGCCAUUUCCAUUAAAGGGCGGGAAAUUCAAAAAGUCACGGACUUAUUGACCCGUCCUCGUAUAUUAAAGAAAUCAGUUAUUUUCUUAACAUUUUAUGUUUAACAAAAAAACAUGAUACACAAAAGGCCGAUUUGCACCAGAUCGAUCGUGGAGUCUUAUGUUGUGCUACUUUUCUUCCUAAUCCUUCUGAGUAUCUGUCAUGACAUACUAAGCAUCUCAACCUCUUUCCCUUAUUUUUCAGCUCAUGAAAAGUAUACUACAAAAACACAUUCUUGGACUGGCGGAUCAUUAGCAUUAUACAGUAUCGGACAAAAUUAGAGAGACUCGACUACGUACGUCUUUUAUGUAAGAUAAAAAUGAUUAAAUUCCUCUUUUUCUGCUGAAGGAUGUUAUGUUUUGAAGUAGUUUAAAAAGGCACUAAAAUAAAUUAAAAAAAAACAUUUCUCAAGAUUUAUUAGGAAAAAUAAAAAAAUGCAAAAAAUUCUGUGCGAGAAAAUUAGAGAGACUUAUCCUUAAAGUACAUUUGUACCCUAUACUAAUGAAACUAACCUAAUACUUUGUCCAGUACCCUUUAUUCUGGAUAACUUUUUCACAUCGAUCCAAUGAGAUUCGAAAUUACAGCCGGAUCCAUUGAUUUCCAGGCAUUCUCGAUUUCUUCAAAUAAUUGAGCACGAUUCCCGAUGUUUUUAGUGCGAAUCUUUUUCUCUAUAAUCUCCCAAAGAUUUUCAAUUGGGUUCAAGUCCGGCGAUUGCGGUGGCCAUUUUAAAACUUGAAUUUUGUUAGCCAAAAACCAUUCCUUCACAAGUUUGGCCGUAUGUUUGGGGUCGUUAUCGUGUCGGAACGUGAAUCUUAGCGGCAUUUCCCAUUCGGCGUAAGGCGACAUUACAUCUUCCAGUAUAGUCCGAUACAUAAAUCUAUCCAUAGUGCCCUCAAUUUUGUGGAUAGGACCCAUUCCAUAACCCGAAAAACAACCCCAAACCAUUAAAUUGCCACCUCCGUGCUUCACAGUACCAGAAACAUAUUUUGGAUCAAGCCUUUUGUUUGCUGGGCGAUGUACGAACUGCGCUCCAUCACUUCCAAAAAUAUUAUAUUUAGACUCGUCACUAAACAAAACCUUAUUCCAGUCCUUAGCUGUCCAGUAACGGUGACGUGUUGCAUAUAACAUUCUAGCAGCUACAUUUUUUUUGAUAGAUGGGGUUUUUUUGCUGGUCUCCUUCCAGGAAGCCCCGCUUCCACUAAUCGCCGCUGCACAGUCCUGGAUGAAACCCCAGGCGCCUCCAAUUCAGCCAAAAUCUGUGUUGAAGAUAGACGCGGAUUAUUCUGACUUAGUCGUUUAAUUCUCCUGUCCAGCAGUACUGAGGUUUUUCUCUUGCGGCCACCUCUUUUAAGGUUUGUCACUCUUCCACGGAGCUGAUAAUUUUUUAUUGUUCUGGAAACCAUUUGUUUACUGACGUUGAAUUGCUCUUUUAUUAAUUUUUGUGAGCGAGUUAUAGGCUUCUAUAAUUUUUUCUUUUAGGUCUAUGGAAUAAUGUUUACCACGAGGCAUUGCUAAUGAUAUUCUCAAACUAAUAAACAGAAAUUAAACUAAUCGCGACUUCAGCGAAACUAAAUACAAAAUGAGUCUCUUUAAUUCUGUCGCAGUAAUUUUUUAUCAAUGUUAAAAACAUUCUUUAAAUAAAUGUAAACAUGAGCUACAAAAAUGAAUUGUUGAUAAUAGAAUUCUUGUCAACUCCGGUAUACACUGCUUAACAAAUAUUAAUAUUAUUUCAAGUACAAAAAAUUGGAGUUGGCAAAUAGAGAAGUCUCUCUAAUUUUGUCCGAUACUGUAUAUGUACAGGGUGUUACAAAAAUCGGUGCAAAUAUUUUAAGAACGUAUUGUUGGGGUUAAAAUAAGACUUUUUUUUCUAUAAACAUGUGUCCUAAAAUGCUCUCCCUCAGAGCUAUAGCCCACGCAAAUUGCUUGAAGAAAAUCGAUUUUUUGGAACACUGACUACAGUUAUACGUAAAACUUUUGGAAAUCUGUAUUUCUUCGUUUUUGGGGUCCUCUUGACAUUUUCCGUCCCAAAAAUGGUGUAAACCCAAUUUUAGGAAAGGAAUCGGGGGGAGGGCUUACCCUUAUGAUGGCCCAUAUCUUAUGUUUCCAAUAAUAAAUUUGAAAAUGUAGAACACAUUCUAAUUAGCCAUGGAAAAAUCUAAAAUUAUCGUUUUUUUCAUUUUUGGAUAAAAUUAACUCAACUUGACAAAAAAUUAAACAGUCACAGCCCACUUCGUUUUUUUUUUUAAAUUUAAUAGAUUAAUAGGGUUUAAUAAUACUGCGCUUUCGUUUAUCAGCGAUUUUCUCGAAAACGCUUAAUUAUGUGGAAAAAAUGCAAGAGACAAAAAAUGUAUAUUUUUUCAUGGCGAACUAGCUGGUGUUGCUAGAUUUUUAAAUUUCUUAUAGGAAAUAUAAGAUACGGGCCAUCAGAAGGGUAAGCUUCCCUGAAUCCUCCCCUAAAAUUGGAUUUACACCAUUUUUGGGACGGAAAAUAAAAAUAGCACCCAAAAAACGGGGACAUACAAAUUUUCAGAAGAAUUGAUGCAUAAUUGUAGUUACAAUUUCAAAUAAUCGAUUUUCUUCAAGCAAUUUGUGUGGACUGUAGCUCUGAGAGGGUGCAUUUAGGACAAAUGUUUAUAGGAAAAAAACCCUGUAUAUAACGUUAAAUCAUUAUCAUAUCAUAGGCGUAGUAUGUGGGACGAUCCAUCGUCUGAACUGCAUCUUCUUCGUUGUCGUCAUCCUCCACCUUAUUUCUUCGCCAUACAAUUGCACCUCAACAUUUGCUUCCAUAAAUAUUUCUAACGUUGACGUCAUCUUCCUAAAACCAUGUUUAAAGCUUCUUCUGGAGAGAACCCCCGUCUGAAAAAAAAGAUGCCACUAGAUACUAGCGUUGCCAUAUGGCAAGAAGCAAAAUAUUGUAAAAGUUCGCUUUUUUCGUGGGUUGUCAAUUAUUAUUACAGAGGGAAAAAUGACCUUUCUAAUAAAGCAUAAUUGUUACUCUAGCCACUCAGUUCUAAUAGUUAUCCAGAAGUAAUUGACAAAUUGAGAUACUUACGCAAAUCUUAUUUCCAUUUUCACCACUAACAAAAACGGUGACUAUAAAAUCUCACAAACCCCAACGAAUUAAGUUUUUGUUACAGGUAUAUCUUCAACUCACUUAUUUGCUGCAGAUCGGCACGUUCUUGGAAACAAAACAAACUAACAUAACCUCAAAACAGUGUUGUGCUUUUGACGUAAAGCAAAUGUACUAGAAUUGUUUCCAAAAAUGUAUUGUCAGUUCUUAGGAUUGAUUUUUUUGGUUUUGAUUUUUUGAAUAGAUACUGGGUCAUCAAAGUUGAAUCUUUUUUUAAUUUCAAAACAUAGCUCCACCUAAAAACUUACUUAAGAUGUUUUAAAUUAGAUCAGGGAUGUGGUUUUCUAGUGAAAUACUAUACUACAUGGAUUGCAUCCAGCGGUAAAUAAUUUUCUGGAUAAAAAGAAACUUGAUUUAACGGUCUUUCAUUAAUAUAGGUAUGAUUCAUAAAGUUUCAAAGAAUAGUUUUUUACAAGAUUGUAAUCCUAUUUAGCAAAACAAGCAUUUUAAAACCUUCAGAUUGAAAUUCUAGGUUCAUUUUAUUAACAAUAUCUAAAAUAUAUGAUAAAAAAGAGAAAUACAGAUUAAAAGUUUGAUUGUUUCAAGCAUUUAAUAUAUUUUUGGCCUUUUUAAUAUUUUCUACCAAUGCCUGGUUAAUAAAAAAUAACUGUAAAGCUGCCCAUUGUUCCAGGAUCCUGUCCACUACCAACUGAAGACUUAACCACCUUGUUUGAGAUGGUCUUAAGAUUGCAUGUGGCAGCCAAAUAGAUUUUUGCGAGGAAUUUUGUUUUCGUCGAAAAAUUUUGAAUUAGCUUCGUACAUUCCACUUGACGUGCCAUUCUCAAUUUUAAUUCUUACCGAGUAAUUCCAUCCGAAAUUGCUUUUAAGCAUAUUUUACAGAAAGCUUCAUCUUUUUUAUUUGGGUUUCUAGUUCUAACCAAAUAGAAAACUUUUCGUUUUUAAGACAGGAGUCCAUCAGAUAUCCAUUUUUUCUAGCUAGUCUCGUACUUUACUAAUAUAAUUAUUGUAUAAUAUAUAAAACCAAAAGUAUGUAGUGUUACACAAACAUACAGAGAAACACAAACAAAUAGUCUCUUAUGGACUGCAUGAAUGCUGAAUGCAGCGUCACAACUGCUGUUGUAAACAAAAUAAAGAAACAGGAACUCGAUACCUCCGCGUGAUUCCCCGCGUAAUCUCACCUGAAUUUAUCGAAUAGAGAGUUCAGGCACUACGCUGAGGGCCCAUAAAUCAACAUUUUUAAGUCGUAUUUAUUAAAUAUUAGUUUACUAGCUUAUUGGGAUUGUUGUAUUCUUGGGUUGUAUUGAUUAAACCAAUGCUUGUGAAUAUGUAAUAUGAUUUUAGCUAUUGUAGUAAUCGCGUAAUAGCCAAUGUCCAAUUGUAAUAGGUCUAGUACAAUUGAGGGGUCCAAUGCAUAAACCAGUUAAGUCACAUGAGGAGAAAUGUUGAGGAAACAUAAAAAACAUUUUUUAUGUAAAUUUCUUAGUUACUGAAAAUUUUCGCAUUUUGUUGUCAUUUGCAGAUGAUUCUGCUGCAUUAUUUUUUAAAUAUUUCAAUAUCUUAAUCAAAAAAAAUAAAUGAGCUAUAAGGGAAAUAUUAAUGGACUUGACUCAUAAACUGAUGGAGGGAGACUGUUUCACUACACUUAAAUAAUAUUUCACUAUCUAGUUUUUCAUAGCGCAUGAUUCGAUAUUUUGAAAUCGUAAGUUUGUUGUUCUUCCUUAAAGGAUUCUU